UGAGCACAGAGUUGAAGCAGGUGGUCAACAGAGUCAGCGCAGAUAUGCUCAGACUGCGGGUGAGAGGAGUGUGUUGAUUGGAUAAAGAGAGUGAACAGCCUUUAAAAUAGAUUUCGAUACAUGUCUGAAGAUGGACCUUUGAGCUUCACCACUUAUCCAGAAUGCUGAGAAGACGAUGAAUCCAUCAGGUCAUCUGAGACAUCCACGUGUCUUUGCCGCUGUCCUUCCCCGACGGCCCUCCUGUCCCACUGCCUCCCAAAGCUCGCCCCUUGGUCCCUCCCCCCUCCCCUGCCCCCAGUAGUGGCCGUCCCAGAGGAGAAAGGCAAGCCAGCCCCCUGUAAAUAUGCCUGGAUGGAGGUCUCAGUGGCGUCUCGUCCUGCUGAACUCCCUGACCUGUGGCCUGGAGAUCUGUGUGGCAGCUGGGAUCACAUACGUGCCCCCGCUGCUGCUGGAGGCUGGGGUGGAGGAGCGCUACAUGACCAUGGUUCUAGGUAUUGGUCCGGUGCUCGGCCUCUUGUUCAUCCCUCUGAUUGGCUCAGCCAGUGACCACUGCAACAGCAGUUAUGGCAGACGACGGCCGUUCAUCUGGCUGCUGUCUCUUGGAGUCCUUCUGGCGCUUGUCAUCAUUCCCCAUGCUGACGUGCUGGCUGCACGCCUUGCCUGGGGUGGGCGCACCUUUCAGGUGGGCUUCCUUAUCCUCGGGGUGGGGCUCCUCGACUUUUGUGGACAAGUUUGCUUCACGCCCUUGGAGGCUCUUUUGUCGGACCUGUAUCGGGACGAGGAGGACUGCGGCCAAGCCUUUGCCAUGUUCUCCUUCAUGGUCAGUUUGGGAGGCUGUGUGGGUUAUUUGCUGCCUGCACUGGACUGGAGUAGUGGGGUGCUCUCCGUUUACCUGGGGGGCCAGGCCGAGUGCCUCUUCUCCCUCCUCAUCCUCAUCUUCAUCUCCAGCGUGCUCAUUACCAUGAAGGUGUCUGAGGAACCGUCGUGUGCCAGCAGUAGCUCGGCCGGACCCGGAUCUUUACUGGACACGGGGACCGGCGCGAUGGAGGCGGGUCGUUGCGGGGUGCCGCGCUCAUGCUGCUAUCUGCUGAAGUGCAAGCUGAGGCUGCUGAAGUCUGGACCCCUGCUGUGCCUGCUGAGGACUUGCUGGUCCAUGACCCCGGCCAUCUACAGGAGCUACUGCCACGUCCCGAGGGUGAUGAGGCAGCUGUGUGUGGCUCAGCUCUGCAGCUGGAUGGCCGUCAUGUCCUUUAUGCUUUUCUACACAGACUUUGUGGGGGAGGGCCUGUACGAGGGCGUGCCCAGUGCGUUACCAGGAAGUGUGUCCAAGCAAAGAUACGAUGAAGGUAUCCGUAUGGGCAGCCUGGGCCUGUUCCUGCAGUGUGCUACCUCAACCUUCUUCUCCCUGAUCAUGAGUCGCCUGGUUCGCCAUUUUGGCUCCCGGUGGGUCUACCUGAGCAGCAUGGUGAGCUUCACGGUCUCUGCGUCCGUCAUCUGUCUCUCCAAAAGCGUGGUCCUGGUCACCGUGAUGGCCGCUCUAACUGGCUACGCGUACGCCACGCUGCAGACUCUGCCCUACACACUGACCUGCCACUACCACAAGGAAAAAGAGGUCUAUAUGCCAAAAACCAAAACCAAAAGCACGCUUAAAAAUGGGAUUGCAGCCAACCGGGACUCAGUGUAUUUGACUCCAGCUGAAGGGGAGGAUGGACUGAAGAACAAAACAGGGACUCCCUACGGACAAGCCUUCUUCAACCAGAACGGCUACGAGUACCUCCCGAGUCCGCUCAGCGCGAACGGCUCUGCUCACAGCCCCGCUCACAGCCCCAGCGUCACUGAGCAGGAGGAGGCGGAGUCUGGGUUUGAGAAACGUGGCGUGGGUUUGGACUUUGCCAUUUUAGACAGCACCUUCCUGCUCUCUCAGGUGUUCCCCACCCUCUUCAUGGGCAUGAUCGUUCAGUUCGCUCAGAGCGUCACCGCCUAUAUCGCCUGCUCUGCCAUCUUCGGGGCCGUCGCCAUCUACUUGGCCAGACAAAUCAUCUUCGACCAAAAGGACCUCCUCAGGAGCCGAGACUUCAGUGGAUAAGAUGUGUGAGAGAUGGAAUUACAAAUAAUCAAUCAAUACUGUUUCCAGAAUGCCUUGUUCCAGAUCCGUGUGUUUCAGAUCUGAACGCUCUGCGUUGGGGAGGUGUGUGUGUGUGUGUUGAAGCGGGUGGUGUGUGAUCAUCUCUCACAACUUUCUGUUGGAUUUCUUUUUUUCCUCAGGUACCAAAAACAGAUUUACUGUAAAACUCAUCAACCUCAUUAACAUUUAGAGGGUUCUUUAUAUAAUGAUCUUAUCCUGAGCUAUCCACAAAGUACGCUCUGUUUGUACUCAAGCAAAGAAGUAACGUCUGUUUUUUACUUCCUCUGCAGCAUCAACAAUCAUAUCUGAACACUGGUCAUCAUCGGUGUGACAGGCUUGUCUUUCUUAACGUGUGAAUGGAUAGGUGAAUCAAUUAUUUCUGCCUAUUCCCGCAGCUCCGUAAGAUAAGGAGACAUGAAGACCUUAAAAAAAAGAUCAAAAUUGUAUUUUUCUUUAAGUUCUUAGAGGAGGUCAAACUUUUAUCUUAAAUCUUAAAUGAUCCAUGAUACAACUCAGUGUCAUCUUUUAAUUAAACACCCUUUAAGUGCCAUGUAAUUUAAACUCCAUGCCCUCCGUUUGAUCCUUGAGAUAUUUUAAAGAGGACAUACUGUAUUAUCCCCUUUUUCCUCCUUUUCAAAAAGUCCCCUGUGGUCUAAAUGAAACGUCU